UUUCGUGCCUUCCUCUUUUUUUUUUUCAUUCCAUUCCCUCCCAUCCGACCCUCGCAGCUAAAAACGAACGAUGGGCUCCAUUGGCGCUACGGAUCCCCGAACGGGCCUUCCGGACAACUCGCUCUCGGCACAUGUUCAUGUGGACGAACGGACUCCCCUCCUCCACCAACCCGGUCACGAUGCAACCCAACCGUCACCAUCACCCGGAGCGGGGCCGGAGCAGGGAGGAAGAGGAGGAGGAGGAGUAGAAGAAGAAGAAGAGAGGACGGUCAUCCCGACGGCGCCGCUCUCGCGCGCGCGGCUCUGGCUGACGCUCGGGGCGACCUACGUGGGCGUCUUCCUCGGCGCCGUCGACAGCUCCAUCAUGGCGACCCUGUCGGCGCCCAUCGCGAGCGAGUUCCGCUCGCUCAGCCUGCUGUCGUGGCUGGCCACCGCCUACCUGAUCGCCAACGCCACCUGCCAGCCGCUCUCGGGCCGCCUGACCGACAUCUUCGGCCGCGGCCCGGGCCUCGUCUUCAGCAACGCCGCCUUCGCCCUCGGAAACCUCAUCUGCGGCCUCGCCCGCGGCGGGCCCGCCAUGAUCCUCGGCCGCGUCGUCGCCGGCGUCGGCGGCGGCGGCCUCAUGAGCAUCAGCACCUUCCUCGCCUCCGACCUCGUCCCGCUCAAGAAGAGGGGGGUUGUCCAGGGCGUCGGCAACAUUGCGUACGGGUCUGGUGCGAUGCUGGGCGGUGUGCUGGGCGGCUUCAUCAACGACACCUCGUCGUGGGGCUGGCGCUUGGCCUUCCUCCUUCAGGUGCCCGUCAUCGUGGUGUCGGGUCUCCUGGUAUGGUACCUCGUGGAUGUGCCCCCCAAGAUCUCCAACAAGUCGCUCCUGGCCCGCAUUGACUAUGGCGGCUCGUUCUUGACCGUCGGCUUUCUGGUCCUGGUGCUUCUUGGCCUCAACGCCGGCGGCAACCUGGUGCCCUGGACCGAUCCCCUGGUCCUGGUUACCCUCCCUCUGGGCGCCAUCAUGCUGCUUGCCCUCGUGUGGUGGGAGAGCCGCGCGAAGCAGCCCAUCGUUCCCGUGCGCCUGCUCCUGGAACGCACAGUGCUCAUGUCCUGCGUCUCCUGCUUCUCGUGCACGAUGGUCAUGAUGAUGAUCCUGUACUACGUUCCCCUCUACCUCCAGGUGCUCGGCCACUCGGCCACACAGGCCGGCCUCCGCAUCCUGGCCUCGUCCUUUGGUGUGUCUGUCUCGUCCAUAGGAUGCGGUUACAUCAUGAAGAAGACGGGCAAGUACGUAGGCCUCGGCAUCAGCGUGCUCGUCGUGUACACCGUCGCCGUCUCCCUCGUGGUGACGCUCGACGCCGCCGCGCCCGCCUGGGUCCCCUUCGUCGCCAUGGCGCUCCUCGGCGCGGCCUACGGCGGCAUGCUCACCGUCACCCUCCUCGCCUGCAUCGCCGCCGUCGACCACUCCCACCAGGCCGUCAUCACGUCCGCCACGUACCUCUUCCGCUCCGUGGGCGCCACGCUCGGCAUCACGGUCGCCUCGGCCGUCUACCAGAACAUCCUCCGCCGCCGGCUCUGGGACCGCUUCGGCGACCUGCCGGGCGCCGCCGACGAGAUCGAGCGCAUCCGCGACGACCUCGGCGAGCUCGACCGCUUGCCCGACGGUUGGUACCAAGGCGUCAUCGACUCCUUCAUGGAGGCCUUCCGGGGCGUGUGGGUCAUGGCCCUCGCCUUGACCGUCGCCGGCCUGAUCAGCAUCUCGUUCGUGAAGCAGCACAAGCUGCACGCGAACCUGGCCCGGCAGGAUGAUUGAACCACGGGGAGCGGGGAAGGGCGGAAUUGGAAACGACGGUUUAUUUUGGUUGCGGCCGCAAAACUCAAAGCGUUGGCGUUCACUAGACAGGGUUUAUAUAAAAGCACAUACGAAGAAGAUACAUACUCGCACGAGAGAGAGAGUACCUUGGAAGCUUUCGCAGAUUUGAUCGUCCAUCAACCUCACAGUCAUGGAU